AUGCGUUUCCCGAUCUUUUCCUCCCUCCUAUGCCUUGCUGGCCUUUUAUCCGCACCUGUUAAGGCUGAAGAUGAAUCCUACAUCAAAAACAUUCCGCUCCGAACCCACACUCUUACCUCGCCAUACCUUGAUUCGGAUUUCCAAAGCCGCUGGUUCGACUUCGGAGGAGAUACGCUGAUCCGUGCUGACAAAUACAUUCGUCUUACGGCCGACCGGGCCUCGCAGCAAGGAUGGAUCUUCUCCCGCGUUCCCUUGACUGCGACCAACUGGCAGAUUGAGUUGGAAUUCGAGAUUCACGGUGCUGGAACCCUGCACGGCGAUGGCUUUGCCCUCUGGCUCACCAAGCAGCGUGCCACUCAAGGCCCUGUUUUCGGAUCCACGGACAAGUUCGAGGGUCUUGGUAUUUUCUUCGAUACUUACAAGAACAACCGUCCCGGUGUUACUUUCCCUUACGUCAUGGCCAUGAUGGGUGAUGGUGAGACUAGCUACGACCAGGCGCAUGACGGAAAGGGUACUGAGCUCGCAGGAUGUUCUGCUCGUGGUCUCCGUAACGCUCCCGUCCCUACCAAGGCUCGUCUUACUUACUUCCAGGAUAAGUCCCUCAGUCUCGAACUUCAGUACAAGACCGAGGACUCCUGGGUUGAGUGCUUCAAUCUCAAUGCGGAGGACCACAACAUCGCUAUUCCUUCUGUCGCUUACUUGGGUCUCUCCGCCGAGACUGGCGAGCUGAGCGACAACCAUGACAUCGUCUCUAUCAAGGUUGAUAACUUGUACACUGUUGGCCGUAACAACGGCGGUGGUAGCCGUGGCUCGGAUAUUUCUCGUGGCCGUGGCCGUAGCGGUACUGUCAAGUCCAAGAAGCAGAAGAGCAGCUGGACUUGGUUCCUUUUCAAGACUGUUAUGUUCUUUGGUGCUAUUGUUGGUGCUUACUUCGGAUGGACUGUCUACCGUACCAAGUCUCGGUCGUCACGCUUCUAA